ACAAGAAUAAUAAAUUUUUAAUCAAUACAGUUUGUAACAAUAAAUAACUAAUUAAGUUAAAGUACUAUUUUUCAUAAUAUUAUGUGCGAAACUCUAUCAAAAUAGUUUGCAAAUUAUUACUGUAAUGCGCAAAACUGAAGGACAUAAGGUGUGGGUGUGAUUAAUUAAUUUCCCAAGCACGUAAUGAAUGUAAUAACUUUUGGGUCAUAUGUUAAAUUCUUAAUGCAAAUGAUUAAAUGAACUCGUUUCAUUGUUUAAAGAUGGGACUGCCAUAUAGAUUUUCUUGAAAAUAAAUAUUUACGUCUGUAACGCAAUUUAUGGAGAAUUAAGAAAACUUCGUAUCUAAUAAUGACCAGUCCUCGCGGAAUUUCGAGUGAUUCUGUAUCAGUUAGUUCUUCUACUUCAGUUAUUUCAAAUGUCCCAGACAGACAUGGAUUUUUUGGAGGAGCCCAAUAUUGCCCACAACCGAAAGGACCAUUGAGCCCCGCACAGGCUCUACGCAGGGAGAGAAAAUGGUUACAUAUGAUUGAUAAUUGGGAAAUAUUUAUGAGUCAAAACUAUAAAAAGGUGCGUGAACGAUGCCGCAAAGGUAUUCCCUAUUCUGUAAGAGCAAAAGCAUGGCUUUAUUUAUGUGGGGGCCAUUUAUUACUUAAGAAAAAUCCUAAUUUAUAUGGUGAACUUUGUAAAAGACCAGGAGACCCUAAGUGUGAGGAAGACAUCCGUAAAGACUUACAUCGUCAGUUUCCUUUACAUGAAAUGUUUAUUCGAGAGGAAGGACCAGGGCAACAAGAGCUGUUUUCUGUGCUAAAAGCAUAUUCACUCCUCAAUUCUAAAAUUGGAUAUUUUCAAGCUCAGGCUCCUGUUGCUGCAUUUCUUCUAAUGCAAAUGCCUGCAGAGCAAGCUUUCUGGUGCUUAGUGAGUGUUUGUGACAAAUAUUUAGCUGGAUAUUACAGUCCUGGCCUCGAGGUUUUACAACGUGACGGAGCCAUGUUACAAGCACUCUGCCGAAAGACCGCCCCAUCAGUACAUCGCCAUUUAUUAAAACAUAAAGUGGAGCCUUUAUUAUAUAUGACAGAAUGGUUUCUGUGUGCCAUGACCAGAACUUUGCCUUGGGAUUCUUUACUACGCGUUUGGGAUUGCUUCCUGUGUGAAGGUGUUAAGGUUUUAUUUAAAGUGGCCCUAGUCAUCUUAGGUGCCAGUUUAGCUCCUGCAAAAGUCCGAAAACGUUGUGCAGGCCUUUGUGAAACCUUAGAAGUGCUUCGAACACCACCAAGUGAAUUUUUAGAAGUGGAAUUUCUUUUCCAUCAUAUGUCUAGAUUAGACAUAACAGAAGAAGAUUUUGAAUAUGAACACAAGAAGCAAACUACUCUACGCAAAAAGAUUGCUAUGGAAAAAUGAGUUAUUCCAGUCAAAUAAAUUUAAUAUAUGCACAAAGAUGUCCAGAGACACCAAACUUUAAUCUAAGUUUGUACAAAUGUAUCAAAUGGUAUGUACUUGAAAUUUUAUGUGUAAUUAUAUUUAUUAUGUUAGUAAACAAGUGAAACAACCUGUGAAGUGGUGGAUCCUAUAAAGCAGCGGUUUCCAACCUUUUUUGCAUCGCGCCCCCCUGCAAAUAUAAAAAAAAAUUGCUGCGGCCCCCCUUAUUUUUUUUAACUGUUUAAUUUUAUAAAUACUCAACUGAUAUUAUCAGACUACAAAUUAAUAUGCAAUAUUAUGUAAAAAUAUUCAUAAAAACUAAAUAUUUUUUGUUUAUUUUUUAAUAACGUUCUAUAAAUGUUGGGGUAUUUUCGAUAAUAGUAAUCUGGAAACAGUUGUUCGCGCCCCCCUUAGGACAGCCUGGCGCCCCACUGAGGGGGCGCGCCCCACAGGUUGGAAACCGCUGCUAUAAAGUAUUGUUUAAUCUGAAUGUUUAUAUAUAUUGUAUUUUCAAGAUUAUCGGCACUAUGGUAUUUCUUACAACAUUCAUACUAUACAAUUAUAAAAAUAUAUGCAUUUUUUGUUUGUUUACAUAUUGUAGGAUAACCCACAAAUAAUAUGAAAUGUAAAAAAAAAUGUAAACCGGUGACACAAAAUACUGGAGACAAUUAUUAUAACAUGUAAUAUUCAAUUUUUAAAUUUUCAUCAAUAGUUUUUUAUGAUCUCGUCUUUUGAAGUAUUCAUUCAUUUAUUCAAUCCAAUGCCAAAUCAUAAAUUUAUUGGUAUUUAGGUGCACUACUAUAUUGAAUUAAUAAGAUAAACAACUUAGUUAUGAAAUAUUUCAAUUAAAUCCAUGUAUGGUUUGUAAUGUGCAUAUAUAUAUAGUCACCGUACUAGAUUUUUAUUAGUUUAAGAAAAUUUAAUAUAAAUAACUAUGUAAGAAAUAUUUCAAAAAAUUUAAUAUAAAUGACUUUAUAAAAUAUAUAUCAAAAAUAGUCAUAAAAAGUAUUGUGCAAUUAUAAAAAUUUAUACAGAAAUUAUAAAUUUUGUGAGAGAAAAAUAUGCAACAUAUGUAAUAGAAAUAUUUUUAUACAUGUGCUAAAUAGAUGUCAAUGAAAAUAAUUUUAUACAAGAAAUAUUUGCACA